AUGGCCGUUCUCCCCUCCAUUCUGUUCCUUUGCCUACUCGUCAUCCUGCCCAGCGCCCACCUCUCGUAUACGCACCCACGGAACGAGGUAGAAGCACCAAAGUGCAGCCAGCUGUUGACACGCAAAGAAUGGCGGGAGUUGACGAAUAGCGAGAAAGCUGAGUGGGUGAGGGCUGUCAAGUGCUUGGCAAGCAUACGACACGAACGGCUAUCCUUGACCAAGAACCAGAAGGUGCUUGAGGGGAAGAGGAGCCUGUACGACGACUUCUCUUACUCGCACGCAGCAGUAGAGCACAGCGCGCAUAGGAAUGCCUACUUUUUGCCAUGGCAUCGCUGGUUCACCCAUUUAUUCGACACUUCCCUCCGCCAAAGCUGCGGGUACAGUGGGCCAACGCCAUACUGGGACUGGUCGCGAGAUCAUGCAGACCUGUUUAAUUCGCCAGUGUUUGAGCACUCUCCCGAGUACGGGCUCGGCGGAACAGGGGACUGUGAUUCCUCCCCCGAGGCCGACUGUUUAGUCUCCACUGGCGCUUUUGCUUCGUCUACCGGCAGUUUGGAGCUUGCGUGGCCCGUUCCUCACCUCCUGCGGAGAAACCUGACGCUCAUCACCGGCUGGUACCCCCACGAGCUGCCCCAGAACCGCACCCUGGGCCCGGAGUCUGUGCGUAAUGCCACCGAGCAAACCACCGGUGACUUCUUCAGCUUCCAGUACGCAAUGACUCUAAUGCACAACCACGUACACAACUUCGUGGGCGGAGAUCUGGCCGGAGACUGCCCGAAGGCCCUGCCGGAGGAGGAUUGCGACGGCUUAGCAAUAGCCUUCACGCCCAACGACCCGCUCUUUUGGCUGCAUCAUGCGCAGCUCGACCGAUUGUGGAGUGAGUGGCAACGUCGCCACCCAUCCAACUUCGCCGCCUUCUCCGGCAUGCCUUUGCACCCGCACAACAUGAGCGACCCACGCUACGACCUCAACGCGCACGCAGAUCUUCAGAUGCCCUUCGACGUACAGAGUGUGCCGGUGGCGCCGAGUAGCGUGUUCGAUACUGAAAUUUGGCCACUGUGUUAUCGUUACCAAGACUAG